CAAGAGCCCAUAUUUGGUCGUUCAAAAGAGGUGCAGAAGGUGGUAGAUUACAUCGAACGCGGAACAAUUUCUGUAGUGCUGAUAACCGGGGGUCCAGGAUUUGGUAAAACCACUUUGGCCAUAGCAGUUGCUCAUGAGCUUGCAAAAUCCGAGAAUGUGAGGAAAGUAUUGUUCUGCCGUUUACUUUCAAAGAAAACUUCCAACGAAGCUGCCAUUGAGAUGAUUCAUGUAUGUGGAAAGAGCUAUGCGCAGCCUCCCGAAUAUCCAGACCAGUGGCUUACGGACUGGAGCAGACAGAUCCAAAUGCAAGUCACUUUUGUUCUUGAUAAUGCAGAUGAUAUCCUGGAAUCAGAACAAAGAUCUCCCUUCUUAGCCAUCUUGAGGAAGAUGACACAAUUAUCGGAGAAAAAGUUAACUUUUGUUAUCACUUCUAGAAGACUAUUCAAACUUCGAGAUCUUCCGUCGGAGGUCGUCGUGUUAUCCUCGUUACCACCCGAACAGGCGAAGAAAGUCCUAAUUUCUCGCGUGAGGGAUGAAGAAAUUGGCAAAAAUCUUUCCAGAACAGAGGAAAUAGUAAAGCUGUGUGGCUAUGUUCCUUUGGCUCUUUGUAUUGUCGGUUCACUUCUUUCAGACUACCCCGAGGAGAUGCUUGUUAAUGACCUUGAGACGGAACCUAUGAAGCUGCUGGAUGAUGGAAAUGAGUCAGUUGAAAGUGUCAUCAAAACGUCUUUUGAUCUUUUAUCUAAAGAUAAACAAGAUGCCUUGGUUCUGAUGUCAAUCUUCCCGGGAUCAUUUGAUAGCGAUGCUGCUGUGGCUGUGAUACCAAAAGCUUGCUCAGAAUUUGAGAACCCGCCAGUGUCCGUCCUGCUUUCCUUAAAGAGACGCUCUCUUGUUGAACAACCAAGUCCCCGAAGAUAUCAGCUGCAUCCUCUAAUUCGCGCCUUUGGAAAGAAGAUUGGCGAAGCCAAUGAUCCACAGGUUUUGGUCGGGGCAGAGAAACGGGCCUGUGCUCACUUCUUUUGUCUCCUUGCUCAGAACGCAAAGAUAUUCUGGAGCAAGGACCAAUGCAAAAAAGCUAUCGACUUGUUCAGUGAGGACAGACACAACUUUGAGCACUUCCUCCAAGUGUACGCCAAAGCAGCGGAAAUCCGCGAUGAAGAGACCCUUGACAACUGCAAAGAGUUCCAACACAAUUUUCUCCAGAAUUGCAUGUAUUUGGAGAAGUGUGUUUCACCGUCAUUCUAUACUGACUUUUUGGAAGCGUUAUUGUCGUAUACUGAGCCAAAAAAUCAACCAGUGCGUGCUGCAGAACUCUUAUGUCUUCGAGGACAUGAGAAAAGAAAAGUUGGAGACAAGGAAAAUGACUACCAGGUGGACAUGCAAGACGCAUAUAAUCUGUACUCUGAGAACAGUGGUAAAUUCGAGACAAACACAAUGUCGGCAGUCUUCUUGCUUAAUAGUUAUGUAGACUCUAUUUCCAAAAGAGGAGACCCUGCUAACAAUACAAGAGUGGAAGAGAUCAAUGGAAAUGCUCUGGAGCUCAGCGAAUCUGUGGACAAGGGUCACCCAGAAAGGGCAGAAGCUCUUUUACUUGCUGGUCGAUUUGCAAAGCGAAGACGUGAGUGGCCUGAGGCAGAAAAUAAGUUACAAGAGGCACUAGAGCUAUUUCAGGAGUUCCUCGGUACGCAUUUGAGUACAGUUCACGCCUUGAAGGAAAUGGCGGACUUUUAUUUCUCUGGUCUGACUGACGCCGACUUCGAAAAAGCUCUCACUCAUUACGAAAAGGCGCUGGACAUGAUGAAACAGCUAGGAAUGGAGAACAACAAAGCAAGCAUCAUGAUAAUGAAGAACUAUGGAACUUGUUCUAAACAGAAUGGAAACUUUCAGGAAGGAACGAAAUACCUCGAACGAGCGUAUUUAGUCGCCGACAGAGAGUUGCUACCUGAUCACAUGUGGAAAGUAAUGAUCAAGACUAACCUGGCCUUACUGCAUGAGCAGAACGGAAAGGAAGAAGAUGCCAUAGCAUCAAUGCAAGAAGCGCUUGAGAUGUGUUACAGACUUAAAAAGCCGAUUAAGCACCUGGGAAUUAAGCAUAGCAAUGACGUCAUUUCCUUUGUAAAACGUCAUAAAAAACAUUUUCCUAAAAGCAAAUUCCCGUUCUAAAGUUUACCUUGGUUAUAUUUACUGUCAACUCUCUGUAAAACGGACAUAGCCAAAAAACGCAGCGCAAUAGAUUGGCAAGAACAGUAUUUCCCUGGCGUAACUUAAAUCAUCAGGACAUGACUCUUCUGGUGAAGAAAAGCUAAUUUACUUAACUGACGUAGACCAAAAUUUAAGGUUUCCUUUUUUUUGGACAAUGAAAUCAACUGGGUAAAUAAUUCACAUAGUUUAAAAUUAAAUUUACCAAAUCACCUUACGGCAAGUGCGUGUUCGAAAACUGCACAUCCAAAAAGAGUUUCUUGACCAGACUAGGUGAAGGACUAUUUAUAAACCUUAUACAUUGGUGUCAUACUAGCCUCCCACGCAGACGUUCUUAGGGGUUCGUCACGCGUUCCUGCCCCACUAACCUCUGCGCGGGAGGCUAGUGUCAUACUUAUCUACCAAACAUUUGUUGAAAUAUUAUAAAUGAAGACGAUAACUGUUAAAUAUCACGAGUCACAAUGUUCGGUGUUUAUCGUGCAUUUGAUCAUAUACACAUGCGAAUUUGCGCGUUAUAAGUAAUAACAUUAUUAUUAUUAUUAUUAUUAUUGUUAUUAUUAUUAUCUAAAUAAAAACACGUUUUUUAAAAAUGACAACGGUUAAUGAACUUUGCAAAAUUCAUAAAAAUCGGGUCGCAAUUCACUUUUUAUAUUAGGCAAAAAUUUAUCGUUUUAAACCUACCGCUGUGAUCGUCUCACUGGUUUAGCUGGACUUUGUUACUUUUUGUUAAUCCCACAGAAACAAACCAUUAUUACGGAUUAAUUUUUGCAUGCUUAAUUGCUUACAGUACUGUAUUACAGUUCGUUUUGCAGUUAAACGUUUUAGUUCAAGAAGACUACUGUAUUUUUAUUAUUCUGUAGCCUUGUUCCAGUUCGUAGCGUGUAUACUGUUACGCUCUUAGCUCACUAAGCCGUGAGGGAACGUUUGCUUGUAAUAAACGUUUGAUUGAUCACGAGAAUAUGAUUCCACUUUUUUUAUGUUUUUCCGGUUUUAACUCUUUAGCACAAGUAACACAGAUGUGUAUUCAUUGUGAAUAGUUUUAGCUUUAUUUUCUUAUAAUCUCUGGUGUCACGUUACCACCACUCUCUAUAUUAAAGCCGGGCGAACACCUCUCUAAGACGAACAGUCGGGGCCGGUCCAGGAGGUGUCCUUCUUGGAGAAAGUUGAGUGUAUUUUGUUUUUUGUUGUUGUUGUUGUAAAAGAAGCUCCCGUUUUGGGGCGUCGAUAAAAUCCGGAACAUGGAACAUCUCGGAACAUCCCGGAAUAAUAGAUAAUAAUAAAAAGAACAAUAGAUAGAAAACAAUUUUUGCAAAAAUUUAUAAUAACAAAAUAAAAAACAUAACAUAAAAUCGAAAAAUAAAGAAACAAAGAAAGAAAGAAAGAAAAAGAAACUGGUAUCAUCUCCGAGUAUGAGAAAACAAUAUUUUGUCGCAAUGAAUUUUUUGGGCGAGUGAGGGUCCAUUCAAAUGACAGUAAUGAGUGAAGGCUUGCUUCUAAAUUCAAACUCAUAUUAAAAUGGGUCGCGAGGAGGGGGGUUUCAGGCUUUCCUCACACAGCCACCUCUUGUAAAUGUUUGCCAUGCAGUUUAACAGUUAUCAAUUUACGGCUUUGCGACCGUAAGAAGAGCUUAGGGGCUCGUCGCUUUGGACUUGGAUAAUUAAAUUAAACAUUCACAUUCGCCGCAGAAUAGCUGCAGUGGCAGUGGUAGCGCAGCGGUAGUUUCUAACUGUUUUCAGUUAGCCUGAAUUUUAGUCGUCUCCCCGCAAACUCCUCUUGCGACUCGAGGAGACGUCUGAAAUAUCAUGCUGACUGUAAACAGUAUAGAAAGUACUACGAAUGUGAGUAUUGUCCACUAAAAUCCAAAGACGGGAGCCCCUAUACUCUUCUUAAGUUUACAGAGCCGCCUAGACUGUAAGUAAUUCAUGUCAACCUCAAGUGAAGCAAAGCACCUUAAGUAAGCAAAUGUCGGUUAUAUAUAAGGAGACUAUAUGUUGGCUUGACAUGAGUUACUUACCGACUUGGCUUGACAUGAAAUACUGCACCGACAUCUCAGACCAUCCCAGAACCGUAAAUGGAUAACCGCCAAAUGAUUAACUCAUGGCAAACAAUUACAAGAGGUGGCUGUGUGAGGAAAGCUUAAAAACCCCCUCCUCGCGACCCAUUUUAAUAUAUUUUGAAUUUAGCAGCAAGCCUUUACUCAUUACUGUUAUUUGCAUGAACCCUCACUCGCCCAACAAAUUUUAAUUUGUUGCGACAAAAUAUUGUUUUCUCAUUCUCAGAGAGGAUACCAGUUUCUUUUUCUUGAUUAUUUCAUUAUUUUUCGUUUAUUUUAUUUUACGUUCUUAUUAAUUUUUACAAAAAUUAUUUUAUUAUUAUUUUAUUAUUUUUUUUACUCAUGAAAAUUAUUUUUAUGUUUUCAUGUUCCGGGAUGUUCCAUGUUCCUGGUUUUAUUGACGCCCCCGUUUUGUGUGGUUUAUUCCACACGAAGCUAUUUUCUGUUGCGGGAUACAGCGGGCGGAGAUAAGUGUUUGUCCUCUUUAUUCCGUGGGAUGCCUGUGGCACUCCCACGGUAAAAAUCCGGUUCGGUUGUACCCAAAAUUGCAAAGCCAGCCAAUAGGAUUGCGUAAAAUCUUUAUCGAUUAUCUCUUCUUCCAAGCCGACCAAUCAGAUUGUACAAAAUCUGUAUCGAUUUCUAAUCGAUUUGCUUCCUCUGAACAACGUUGAAAUAAGAACGUUCCUUGCCAAAUUUGUCGCGCUAGAGUUUUCCCACUCGUGGUUUAGGAUGGCGGCUUGUUAACCAGCGAAAUCCUUCGGGAUACUGGCAAGUCACGAAAGGCGACCUAAGCCAAAUUAUUUCUUUCCUUCAUGAUUCUUUUUUGUUUAGGUCUAGCUUUUUCAUAAGGUUUUAGUAGCGACUGGUUGCGGGCCAUCAUUUCCGAUAGAUUUUUCUAUUCGGAGUUCGCCAGUUUUUGCCGAGCACAGCUAGAGUUCAGCGUUUUUCUUUUCUUAUCGAAAAGACCUUGACGAUGGGAGGUUAAAUCGCGUAAAUUUCAACUCGCACCCUUGACGACUGGCGAAAAUAUUGUCCUCGUCGAUCGACGACUCGCUUUCGGCAUGGAUUGGACUUCUGGAUGGGACACGGAUCACGACCUUAGCAAACUUAUUAUACCUUGGAAUCAGGGAUAAUCAUUGGAACUAUGUUAACUUUGAGACCUUGGAAACACAUUGCAAUUAAUUUUUAACCGUGUCAAGAGCAUCUUGGAAUAUUAAACUUUCAUCUUGGACUAAAACAUUGGAACUUUAUUGAACUUUGUAACCCUGGGUUCGACCCUGGAUAAAGCAAGCAGAUGUUUUGUUUUGUUUUGUUCCAUUAACCUAAAACUACAAUGUUUAUUUAUCUUUGAAAAAGUUACCUGUGGCAACUUACUACCAAGAUAUCACGUAUCUUUACACAUAUAGUUCCUGUUCAGGUUAAUCAGAGAGCAUUAUGCGCAUGUUCUCCUUUAGUAGUUUCCGUUAACAUUCCAAUUUAAGUUACACGGGUAAACCCUGUUUUGAUGCAAAAUGACUUCUUUUUCUUAUCCAAAUCGUGCUAUGAAAAUAUAACUACAUAGCGAUAGAUCAAAACAAGAUCAACUCCAUCCUUGCGACCACUGACAACUAUGAUUUAGCUUGCGUAGCAGGUGUCGAAAGGGGUAGGGGAUAGGCAGGAAGCAAAAAGGGGAUGUGGAUUGGGGAGAAAUAGUAGCUUGCCACGCAGGCAACCAUAAAUUCAGUCAUAAGCACAUUAAACCAACCCAUACAGGCAACCUACUCAUCGAUGCUCAUAACAUGAAAACACAUCUUUCCGGUUUCCCUAAUUUUUCCAAAUUCAGAUAGAACGCCAUUAUGCUUCCAUAGACCAACGCAUCCCACGGAAACGACUUUAGGCGUCUUGUUGAUAGAUAGAUACGGUGUCUAUCAACAUGGAACAAUAAGAGCGAAAAUUCUAAGAAAUUUUACUCGUUGCGCCUAAUUAAGUUUGGUAAGCAGAGGAAAUCGUCAACUGCUUUGUAGGGUCUUAAGAGUUAAUAUUUCAUUUAUUUAGGAUUAAUACCGUGUAGUGAACCUUAUAACAACGAGGCUAGCUAUGAAAAGCAAAGAGGCACGGUGGAGGGACGAGAAAAUAGCCGCCUGUACAAUGAAAUUGUUUUAUUAAGGGCCUGUAUACGUGGAGGUGGGGGACCCUACUAAUGUUGACGCGAUGCGAGCUAAAGUUGCAUCAAGCUGCAUCAGGGAAGGGUGUGUUCAAGCACAUGCGAUGUCUGGGAAACUGUUAACGAACGACGAAGUACAUCACACUGAAUCUUGUAGCAAUGGUGUCAGUAAAGAUGAUUCCGACCAAUCAGCUGUUUCGCCUGAAGGAAAACCUUCAAAUGUCGAACCCCAAGGAGCAUGUCAAGGACUGGCCACAACGUCAGAGAAGAAUGUUCCAGAUUAUCCCCUGUUCCCACUCUCCCGCGGUUUUUGCUUGAGUCUCGUGAGAGCUUUGGACAGUUUUGAAGCCGCCUUAGAAAAGGCUCAACUACCAGACUGCUCUGAGUAGAUUUCAACGUUCUGCGAUUGGGUCUUGUAUCGCUUUAUACGUCAUAAAAUCUAUUACACAAAUAAGGUGGAAAUAUUUUAUAUGUAUUUAUUUAUUUUUCAGGUUAUCUGAAUAUAAAGAGAUUGAAUUCAUUGUAAAGUGCUGUUAUCCGCCUAGUUUGAUCUGUUUUGUUAUUUACUCAACUUCGUAUAGAAAAGGUCAAGUUUGUUUCCGUUGCAUGGCAUGCGAAUACUUCACCCUACUUUUACUUCCUCGCUUUCCGGCUUACUUCUUGUCAGCCCCUCCCUAUUUACACCUUCACGGCUUUACUUUUUUACUUUAGGUUAAUUUUUGCCCUUAGAUCUUUUGUCGUCCCCAGGCCUUAUUAUCCUGGACGGCUUAUAUUCGCUUCCGGGUUACGUGGCCCGAGCAAAUUCCCUGAUACGUCACCGAAAAUCCGGUUAUAACUGAACUAAAUCUCAAGGAACCUUAAUCGAGGAAAUGUGGUUUACAUGGGGAUGCCAUGUUCCACCACGUAAUGUAUCGGUCAAAUCGAAGCUUCGACAUGCCCUCCCCCCCCCCGGGCAACCCCCCGGGCAUUUGACUUUUUUGAAAAUUAUUGUUUUAAUUCCCCCUUACUCGGGCCAAAAUGCCGUUCAAAUGCCCCACACUAGGGUCCAUUCAGGUGAUCAAAUGCCCCCACCCUGGGGACAUUUCACAGGCACAAAAAUGACAGAAGAACGGCGGAAACACCUUCAGUUGUCGAACAAAAUCUUUAUAAACAUAACAAAAACUGAGAAACACUGUUAGCGUAUUUACUACGAACAAAAGUCUCCUGCAAAGCGGCGGAGAUCGCCGCUACAAGGUCAUUGAAUGCUCAGCUUUUCUUCGUCAUGCAACAUACAAAGCGUUAGAACGAUCUAUAAAAAAAGAUUCCACCUAUUGAGAUUACGACAUCAUGACCAUUUCACUGACAUGCACCAUCGCUCACCUUAUUAAUUAACAUACUUGCAGAAGGUCAAAGUAGUUGACCUGAGCUUUUUAUUUUAUUUUAUUUUAUUUUAUUUUGUUGUAUUGAAUCGCCGGUAUAGGUAUUGUAUUUCAAUGUAAACACAACAAUAAAAUACAUUCAUACAUUCAAAGCCUGAAUCCAAUGAAAAAUUUUAAAAUUUAAAUACUUCAAAUACAGCACAACGCUUGCUUAAGCCCUUUCCUCGUAACCAAUUGGCCACAAAGGCACAAUCUUUUCCACGAAAAUCCUCUAACACCGGGUCCCCCAUGAUAGCUAACCACGUCAAAGAUUUUACAUGAAAUCGAAGGUGCAGUUCAAAUUCCCCACCCCUAAAGCAUAGGGAUCAAAUUCCCCACCCCCUGGAAGACUCUGAUCAUCAAAUUCCCUCCUCCCCGGGACGACAAAGAUGUCAAAUGCCCGGGGUAUGCCCGGGGGGGCAUGUUGAAGCUUCGAUUUGAUCGAUACAUAAGUCAGUGAUACGUGGAUCACCACUUACCGUGACAAACUUGGAUGAUAUAUUUUUAGAAUACAGUAAUCCAUUACGGGGUGCGUUAUUCGAUAUGAAAGUUCUUUCGUAAACAGCUUUUAAUGAUUUUCUUGGAAUGAGUUGUUUCCGGUGAUUUAAUUCUCGGAAAUCGUCCCUUGAAAAUCAUGCACAAAAAUAAUAACAGAUAGAUGGUUUUCACUGUAACAUCAUCAAAUUGUAAAGUCAUAGCGAGGUUUUACGAAUUCUUAUUUACACUAGGUUGAAGAUAAACAAAAAGUAAAUCUUUGUACAAGUUUCCAUUUCCGUAGCUUGUUUCGUUUCGAAAAUACAGCAAUUUGAACUUCCGAGUUUUCAGAGUGCGUGACACCAAAAUAGGAAUGCUGUCUCGUUGAAAAAAAGUCUCUCCUCUUGAUUUUCAGCAGUAUAACCACUUCAGGUAUUAGAAAAUAUGUUUAUGCGUACGUAUGCUAGUUCUCGAGUGAAAAGAAAGAGCUUUUAUAGAAAAAGUGAACUCCAGAUGUUUUUGUUGAUUUUCGGCGGCCAUAUUGGUGCACCAAAACGGUGCCCCAAUAUGGCGUCUCCAUACAAAGCUCUACAAAGGUGCGUGAAACGUUUCGGCAAAUAAUUCAGAAACUAUGGGCCACAAAGACCUGAGACUUUGAUAAAUUGUUUUUACAUUAGUCCUUUACAACAUGUUUAUUUUCUUGGCUUCUUCCACUGGACGCUUUCCAAUUUGAUUUUUUGUUGCGUGACAGUGAAAACGAUCUAUAGCCGAGAAAAAAUGUUUCUAAGAAACAUGCUUCCAGUUUCCUGGAACUGGCGAUCCAGGCCAGGGGGUGUAAUUUUCACUGUAACAUGCCUCAGGGCUAAAUAAAACAUAAAUUAGAUUUAUAAAAAUCUCUGUUUGAUGACGUUUUAGAAUAAUAAUUUCAUCCAGAGACCGUUGUUCUCUAUCGGUAUAUGGUUAAAAGGCAUCUACAUAAAUAUUUUGAAAUGAAAUAGACUGAACAGCCCGACUAAACACCCUUUAUUAGCUUUGAGACUAAACAUUGGCUACCUGUGGUUAUCAAACAAAAACAGAAAACAGGUAAUGCAUAAAAACAAACACACACGGUCAACAAUUCAUCAUUAUUUUAAAGGGACAGUUCACGGUUCAGCUUAUGCGCAUUAAUUAAAUUACUUUUUUCCAAUUUAUUAUUAAUUCUAUCGGUUAAUAAUCCCACUCACAUGUAUCUCGGCGAUCUCAGAGUGUAUUUCAGAGUAGAAGUGUAUUUCCAGAGUAACCUGAAGUGGGAUGGAGGAGUACUGAAAUCGCAGAAAAAUUAGUGGAUUUUGCCAACACUAGCAACGUUGAAUUUAUUGUUGACCCGAAGGUUUUAUUCCAUGGUUGAUUAAUUUUCAGCUAGUUGCACCUAAGUUGAUCAAGUGACUGCCAGAGGAGUGUGCAGAUUCGUUUUUUGACAACAUUAUGACAUGAUCAUAUUGCUUUCAUAGACGAUACAGCAUGUCCCUGCAGAAAAACAGCAUUUUGAUUAACAAGCAUGCGCUGAACCGUGAACCUGUUCCUUUUAAAUAGCAACUGUCCAUUCACGUGACAUGAAGAUAGGAAAAGUCGCGAUCGUGAUUGGCUGGCCACUAAGCUUCUAGAAAAACGAUAAUUAUAACUUGUUCUGGCCUAUUCGAGGCUGACUAGCCUUCUGGCGGAUUGAUAAGGCGUCAGUGCUGCUUUAGUAGUAGUCAAUUGGCAGUUUAUAAGCGAGUGAUUUGAAACGAAUUUUGCGCCGACCCAAAACUUGUAACUCGACUCCAACGAUGGCAACUUCAUCUUCGAUUUCAUUGCCGUCGAGCGACUCUGGCUUAGGAUCUGUAUUCGACACCUCGGAAGAAAAGACAAACGGAACUAGAUUGGCAAGAUUACUCAUCGAUGGAGGAACUUACGUUUUAAGAAAGCUUUUACAUUCUGUUUAUCCUGAGCGGAACUUACUUGCUAAAGAGUUGAAGAAGAACUUUGUUAAGUUUCAAAAUCUCAAGUCAAAACGCGUGAUAUUUGACCAUCAGUGGGAAAAGUUAUUUCCCCCUUCAGGUCUACCGGACUCAAAGGAGUUUGAUAUAACACUUUUGCAUUUGUUGAUUAGAGAAGUCUGUUAUCUACCUGCGCCACUGACAGGCUGGCAUAAAAUGCCUGCUGAUGAUGACCAAAGCUUGGGGGCAAACAUUGCCAGAAUCAAAUGCUUUCGAAAUGAGCUAUGUCAUAGUGUUUCAACCAGCAUCCCUAGUGAGGAGUUCGAACAAAUGGAAUACAAUAGCGUCGUCUUUAGAGGCAAUUAAAAUUGGCGUCUACCGAAAGAAAAUCCAGGCUCUCAAGAAUGAUUCGAUUGACCAUAAAACCCACAAAAGGGUGGAGGAAGAAGUCGAGAAGUGGCAACAAUUUCAAGAGCUAGAAGAUAUUAAGGCAAUUUCUCAACUUGAGAGCUAUUUUCCGGAUAUUCAAGAGCCUAUGUUUGGUCGUUCACAACAAUUACAGGAGGUCGUAGAAAUCAUUGAAGACGGAACAUUUUCUGUAGUGCUGAUAACCGGGGGGUCCAGGAUUUGGUAAAACUACUUUGGCCAAAGCAGUUGCUCAUGAACUUGCAAAAUCCGAUGACAUGAGAAAAGUAUUGUUUUGCCGUUUACUUUCAAAGAAAACGUUCAAUGAAGUGGCCAUUGAGAUGAUUCACUCAUGUGGAAAGAGCUAUGCACAGCCCCCCGAAUAUCCGGACCAAUGGCUUAAGGACUGGAGCAGACAGAUCCAAAUGCAAGUCACUUUUGUUCUCGAUAAUGCAGAUGAUAUCCUGGAAUCAGAACAAAGAUCUUCCUUCUUAGACAUCUUGCCAGAGAUGACGCAAUUAUCGAAGAAAAAGCUGACAUUUGUGAUCACUUCUAGAGAACAGUUCAAAGCACGAGAUCUGCUGUUGAAGGAGGUCGUGUUAUCCUCGUUAUCGACGGAUCAGGCGAAGGAAGUCCUAAUCUCUCGCGUGAGCGAUGAAGAAAUUGGCAAAAAUCUUUCCAGAACAGAGGAAAUAGUAAAGCUGUGUGGCCGUGUUCCUUUGGCUCUUUGUAUCGUCGGGUCACUUCUUUCAGACUACACUGAGGAGAGGCUUGUUAAAGACCUUGAGAAGGAACCUAUGAAGCUGCUGGAUGAUGGAAAUGAGUCAAUUGAAAGUGUCAUCAAAACGUCUUUCGAUCUUUUGUCUCAAGAUAAGCAGGAUUCCUUGGUCCUAAUGUCAAUCUUCCCGGGAUCAUUUGAUAGCGAUGCUGCCGUGGCUGUGAUAUCACGGGCUUGCUUAGAAUCUGGGACCCUGCCAGUUUACGUUCUGCGCUGCUUAAAGAACAGCUCUCUUGUUGAACAA